AUGCUCCUUGCAGACAGAGGUCCGUUCUACAGGAAGCAGCUGAUCCUUGAUCAUCCGUCCUCAGCCUGUGAGCUGAAGUUGCUCUCUCUGGCAGGUAGAACCAGUGUUCUGGUUUGUCGCGUCAUCGUGGGCCUCCAGGAGCUGCAGGCCGGUCCGGUCCGUGGCCCCGGCAUAGACCUGCAGCAGGUUCAGAGUCUGGUGGAGGAGAUGGGGACAAGCUUGUCUCCUGGAGCCCAACAUCUCAUGGACAUGGUGCAGUUCCAGCAGAGGAACCAGACGAGCGCUCUGGGGGGGUUCCUGCCUCUCCUGAUGGGCGGUGGUGUUUUCUCUGCGCUGCCUGGAGGAGUCGGAGCGUCUGCAGCCGUCUUCAGGGAUCUGCUUCAGCCUGCAGACGCCACGGCUCCAGGGCCCGUCAGGCCUGCGGACGUGGCGGCUGCUCAGAGCGGAGGGAUGUCCCAGGGCUCCUCGUCUCCGGACCUGUCCUUGUCCGACCUCGGCUCUAACAACACAUCCAGCAGUGAGGACGGCGGUCUGAUGAGCCACGCCCAGCUGGAGGAGAUGAUGUCACACUUCCUGAAGGGGCGUGGCCCUGAACAGGCGCUGAGCCCCGAGCUCCUGCCCAUGCUCCAAAGUGUUUGUGGUCAGGUGACGCAGCUGCGCCUGGCUGAUGCUGACGAUGCUGCAGAGAAGGAGAGGACGACGGGGAACGGAACAUGGGAGCUGGACUCAGCCAUGGAGCGCCGCCUGGAGGAGAUGGAGAGGAGGCUGAAGGAGCACAUGGACCGUCGGCUGGACGCUCUGGAGCAGAAGCUGGAGAAGGCCCUGCUGAGCGCCUUACCCAUGGUGGCGCUGACCCACGGAGACGUGAGCAGGUCUGCAGCAGGACCGGCACCGAGCGGCCCAUCAGAGCAGAUCCAACCAGUACCGUCCACGCUGUGAGCUCAGACAGAGCUGGAGGUUCCACCGCUCCUCUAAACCAGAUCUAACCGUGGCUGCUAACAGAAAUAACUCCACGUUCUGUUCAUGGUGAGGACAUCUGGUCUGCAGCUGAAGCAUGAAGUUCUGCAGUUUGUGGAGCUCCCAGCUCAGCUGCUAGCUUCACGUUAAAGAGAUUAUUAACUUCUGAACACGAUGCAAUAACUCUCUAACUCUACUACAAAGAUGGUUCAGUUGUAACACCAGCAGAUCCUUUGCUUUUAGCUGAAAUAUAAACUUCUGUGAUCGUUUUAGACAUUAACUAUCCGUCACACAUUCAACAGAAAGUUCAGCUGAAACGAGACGUCGGAAGAAGAAACUUCUGGUUCAGUUUGAAUUAAACUCAUCAAAUCUGAUACCAAGUAGUAAUAUUCUAAAAGUCGGACCUGUUCGGUUCUGGUGUUCCAGGACUGAGAGCAGAAACUGUAAUUCUAAUAACGGGCUGUUCAUAUUUUAAUUUCUGUACAUGUCUGUAACCUGUUCCCAUCACUGCUGACCUGUGACUUUACU